GUACAUCAAGAAAUGGACAGAGUUCGAACAGGCUGCUAUUGAUUUGUAUAACAAAUCGCCCAAUAAGGUAUUGCGUAAAGUUUAAGAAAGAAAAAGGACAGUUGAUACUACGUUUAACGGAUGAUACUACUUGUAUCGCAUACAAAACAUUCUCAUCAAUCAUCUUGAACAGAUUCGAAACUCUCAACAUACGUUUGUUGACACAAAUCGCAAACCUUCCUUCUAAACCCACUCAACCACAACCACAAUCCCUACCCUCCGAAAUACCACCGAUACGAGUGACGUCAGGUGAAGAAGACGAUCCGAUGACUGGUGUGACUGGUGUGGAUCCAUCCAGAACGACAGCGAGUGCAAGUGCAAGAUCUGGGACGCCUGGGGUUGGAAGUGGACGUGGGACACCAGUACUUGAUACGCUUGACAAGAAGUCAGGAGGAGGAAAGAAGAAGAAGAAAGGGAAAAGAUGAUUCGAUGAGGGUUAUGUAUCUCUCAGAAUCAUUCUUAUGGUGUAGUAGUUUUUUGCAUGGAUCAUCUUCAUACAUAUG